AUGGGGAACUGCUGCUCCGACGAGGUGAGCCAUGCCGGCGCUCACCACGUCGGCGCCGCCGCCGCCGCCAAAGCCGCCUCCGCAGCCUCCGCCGCGGCCGACCGCUUCCUCCGCUCCCGUGGCGCCGGCGCGUCCACGCAGAUCGAGUUAUCUCUCUCAGCAUCAAAUUUGGGUGAUCAAGAAUAUUUUCCCAAGAGUAAUCCCAUGGUGGUUGUGUAUUCCAAAAGGAGAGAUGGGGCACUUGAAGAAAUUGGGCGUAGUGAAGUAAUUUUAAAUUCAUUGAACCCAUUUUGGACGACCAAAAUCAGUGCGCAGUACCAGUUUGAGGUUCUUCAACCAUUGGUGUUUCAGGUCUUUGACAUCCACCAGCAGUUCCAUGAUGUCAGUGAAAAGAUGCUUAAGCUGGAGGAGCAAGAGUUUCUUGGAGAGGCUACCUGUCUUUUGUCAGAGGUUAUCACCAAACGGGACAGACUGCUGACUCUGAAGCUUGGUGUCUCUGAACAUAACUUGCCAAAUCCUAAUAAAUUUGGUGAGCUAACUGUUCAGGCUGAGGAAAGUUCAGGUUCAAAAGCAAUAAUGGAGAUGAUAUUCCACUGUUCGGAUCUUGAAAUCAAGGAUCUUCUAACAAAGAGUGAUACUUUCUUGCUAAUAUCUGGAAUAUCAGAUAGUGGAAUGCCUGUUCCAAUUUGCAAGACAGAAGUAAGAAAGAAUGAUCUCAAUCCUAGGUGGAGACCAGUGAUUCUGAAUCUGCAACAGAUCGGAAGUAAGGAGAACCCUCUAAUUAUAGAGUGCUUUAACUUCAGUAGCAAUGGCAAACAUGACCUAGUCGGCAAGAUAGUCAAGUCAGUCGCAGAAUUGGAAAAUAUGUACCAUAAGAAGAAUGGUGAAAAUUUCUUUGUUCCUGCCAGCAAUGCACAUGAAUGUCACAGUAAGGAGGUAUUGAAGAGCCAGCUAUAUGUAGAGAAAUAUGUUGAGAGCAACAGGCAUACUUUCCUAGAUUAUAUUUCUGUUGGGUGCCAGUUGAAUUUUAUGGUAGGCGUAGAUUUCACAGCUUCAAAUGGAAAUCCACGCCUUCCAGAUUCUUUGCAUUAUAUUGACCCCUCAGGUCGGCCAAAUGUAUAUCAGAAGGUAAUACUGGAAGUUGGUGAUGUUCUACAAUACUAUGACCCAGCGAAGCGUUUCCCCGCUUGGGGCUUUGGAGCAAGACCUAUUGAUGGUCCUUGUUCUCAUUGUUUCAACUUGAAUGGCAGCACUUAUCAACCUGAGGUUGAUGGAAUACAAGGAAUUAUGUCAGCUUAUAUCAGUGCUCUUCGUAAUGUAUCAUUGGCUGGUCCUACCCUCUUUGGUCAGUUGAUAAGCACCGCCAUGGCGAUAGCUAGCCAAUCUCUUGCUGACAAUCAACAGAAAUACUUCAUUUUGUUAAUAGUCACUGAUGGCGUGGUGACUGAUUUUCAAGAGACUAUUGAUGCCAUCAUAAAGGCAUCAGAUUUUCCUAUAUCCAUCAUUGUUGUUGGAGUUGGAGGGGCUGAUUUCAAGGAAAUGGAGUUUCUAGAUCCAAAUAAAGGAGAGAAACUGGAAAGCUCAACCGGGAGGGUUGCAUCAAGGGAUAUGAUACAGUUUGCCCCGAUGAAGGAUAUGCACGAGCACCUUGUUUCCCGCAGGCUGCAGAAGCUGGGGGCACUUGUAUGGGACAAAGUUGUGCAGGAGCACCAAGGAUGGAGGCUCCUCACCUGCAUCUGGCUGCACGCCGGUGUUGCCCACCUUCUAGCAAACAUGAUCAGCCUCGUGCUCAUCGGACUCAGACUUGAGCAACAGUUUGGAUACGUGAGAAUUGGCAUCGUCUACCUUGUUUCUGGCGUUGGAGGCAGCGUGCUCUCAUCUCUGUUCAUCAGGAACACCAUCUCUGUCGGCGCUUCUGGAGCUCUGUUCGGACUCCUUGGUGCCAUGCUGUCCGAGCUCUUCACCAACUGGACCAUUUACUCAAACAAGGUUUAUCAGAUGUUAAAUUAUCAGAAGAUGAUAUUGGCGAUGGUGACGAUAUUUGAGGAAAGGAGAUGUCAGGUUGAGCAAAGAAGGGUGGCAUUCUUAAAUUAUCAAUGGGGGCAUGGCUCCUUUUCCAGAUCUUGUUCUUGUCAUCAUAAGUUUAGCAGGACUUUGGCUAGUGAUGUGGAUGUAGAAGCUACACCUAUGGAACACUGCUAUUAUUGGAUUUUGGUUCAAGUGAUUAACUACAUCUGGCUUGGAGGUAGUGUGGAGCUUUGUUUGGCCUCCUUACAUGUACGCUUUCAGAGAUUAUUAUGA